CGUUUCCCAAUCGCCCCAUUGUUUGAAACCAUGGCAUCGCUGUGCCUACUCCGGGCUCGCGUGGCACUCUGCGGACAGAGCUACACUUGCGCGCCUUCGAUCUCUGGCCGUGUUGGUGUUGCGGCUGUGACUGGCUUCGGAUUGCAGCCAGCUUCGAGCUCAACGUCGAUCGCCCGCUCGCUGUCCUCGUCUGCGACUGGAUGGCUGCCUGCCGCUGCCGCUGUCGCACGCCCAGGGUCGAGCUGGAUGAAUGCUCGAGUCACACUCCCCGCGAUGGCGAGCAAGCCUCUCGCACAGUCCCACUCACGCGGACUGUCGCUUGCCGCACGGUCGCUUGCUGCCGAAAAGCCAGCCAGCGCCACCUCCUCCACCUCCACCUCCGGCCCAGACGCAGCGACGUCGGCAAAGCCACCAAAGGAAGAAAGCAGAUUCCGUCGCUUUGUGCGCGAGUACGGUCGCGUCGGUCUUGUCACCCUGAUCGCCAUUGAUCUCGUCACUUACGCUGCAGUUUAUGCGGCGCUGAGCUUUGGCGUCGACAUCCCCGCAGUGUUUGACUAUCUGGGCAUUGAGCAUGCGUGGUUCAACCCCAACGCAGGCCAGUUUGUUGUGGCGUACGCCGUCUACAAGGUCACCGCGCCACUCCGUUGGGGCUUUGCUCUGGGCGUCACUCCUGCGAUUGUCUCCAAGCUCCGAAGCAUGGGCUGGAUUGAAACCCCGCCUCCGUCUCCGCCCUCGCCCCCUUCCAGCUCGUAAUUGGACAUUCCGUCGAUGGUGAAGGGCGGUUUUUUCUGAAUUUGGCUGAAUUUGUCGGGAUUGUUGCUGUAGCUCAAUUUUUUUUUAUUUGGAAAAAUCAAAGCAUGACA